AUGACCGCCGCGUCGACGCUCCGCACCGCGUCGACGCGCGAACGCGCAUCGACCCGACGCGUCCCGGCGCGCGCGCGCGCGCUUCCGUCGUCGUCCUCGCCCCGCCGCCGACGCUUAUCCAUUACGACGUCACCGGGAUUACGUCUCGACGCCGCGUCGCCGCGCGCGCCGACGCGCGCGCGCGCGGCGUCGGACGUCGUCGAAUCGUCCUCCGCGCCGCUCGAUCCGAUCGGGCUGAACCCCGAUCGCGCCGCCGUGGUGAACGCCGACCCCGACGCGUACUCGUGGACGAAGCAGUGGUACCCGGUGGCGGUGGUGGACGUGCUGGACGAGACGAAACCGCACCCGACGACGCUGCUCGGGAUAGAUUUGGUGGUUUGGAAAAAUGGUGAUGGGUCGUGGAGCGUGUUCGAGGAUAAGUGUCCGCACAGGUUGGCGCCGCUGAGCGAGGGACGGGUGGAGAGCGACGGGACGCUGCUGUGCGCGUAUCACGCGUGGCGAUUCGACGGCGACGGAAAGUGUACGUCGAUGCCGCAAGCGUCGAGCGCGGAGGAAGAAGAAAGAAUCAAGGCGAACGUGCGAUCGUGCGCGUUCAAGCGACCGAGCAUGGUGGCGCAAGGGUUGGUGUGGGCGUGGGGCGAAGGCGGGAAGGAUGCGGAGAUGGAAGCCGCGAUGACGCCGCCGUUGUUCGUGCCUGAAAUAGAGGGCAUCGGUAAGAGUGGUCGCGCGAGCUGCGGUGGGUUCAGAAAUCACUGGCAAGUGCGCGAUUUACCGUACGGUUGGAACGCGUUCUUCGAAAACGCCAUAGAUCCCGCGCACGCCGUCGUGAGUCACCACACGUUGGUCGGUUCGCGAUACGACGACCCAGCCGGGUUUCAGUGCGUCGUCGAGCGUCCGGUGACCGACGCCGGUGGGUUCCGAUGCGCCAUCGACCCGGCGGUGCCACCGUUCAACUCGAUCGGGAAAUACGACGCGGAGACGUCUUACGACUUCCAGCCGCCCGCGCUGUUGAAGAUUGACUGGCGACACGAGGGGGGGCGAUUUUUGACGUCGCACUACUGCGUGCCGACGCGUCCGGGGUGGUGCCGCCACUUCGUCGUCACCAUCGCGCAGCGACGACCCGAAAUGGGGAACAAAAUUCGCGAGCACCGAUGGUUCAAGCUAAACCUGUUCACGCUCACGUCGCCCGCGUGGCUGACGCACGUGUUGGGGCCGACGUUUUUGCAUCAAGACAUGGUGUUGUUGCACCAACAAGAAAAAAUCAUCGCUCAGGGCGACGGACAGGCGAUGGCGCAAAAGUGGAAGGAUCAAGUCUUCACGCCGAGCACGGCGGAUAAGAUGACCAUCUUCUUUUACAAGUGGUUCGAGAAGAAUGGCCCGAUUCCGUGGGCGCCCGGGACGGAGCAAAUGCCGCCCAUCGAGCGCGAUUCGAGCAAGCUCUUCGACACGUACGAGAUGCACACCAAGUACUGCACGCACUGCCAAGGCGCGCUUCGCAACACGGAGAUCGGGAUGUGGGCUACGGGCGCGAUCGCGGGGGCGAAGUUGUUUUGGGUCGGCGCGAGUGUCGUCUUCACCGCGGCGUUGCUCGGCAGCGGCGACGACGCGUCGUCGUCGCUCGACGUGUUCGAGUUAGCGAGCGCCGUCGACGGUUCGGUGUACGGUGACUUUUUCAGCGCUUUGAGCUUGGGCGCGACGUCAUUCUUUCUGUGGGGUUUCGCGCAAAUGUUUCGCACGUACCCGUUUUCGCACUCUGAGGACGACAUCGUCAUGGAGGGUACGGCGAAAAUCGGUUUGUCCAACGACGGACCGAGCGCGUACAUCGAUUUCGUAGAUUCGACGCUGUUCAAGGAAAAAGGUGGCGAUCACAACCGCGGUUGCGAGUGCAGCACGUGCUCGCCGCAUUUCAAGGAUUUGAUCAAGAGCACCAUGUUGGCGCGCGCGAAAAAGUCACCCGCCGUCGUCGAGGAGGCGGAGGAAGAGCGAUCGAUCCCGGUCGCGCGAUGA